AUGGCGAAACAACCCUCCCGGCAAAUUCGCGCCAAAUACACCUCCACGACCAUCACCGUCUACCAAGCCUACAGCCCCUCCAUUGCAGAUGCCGCAGUGGAUGCCCAAAGAUUUGUCCCUCCGUUUUCCCGCACACGCAUGACCUGGAUCAAACCCUCCUUUCUGUGGAUGGCGUAUCGAUGCGGCUGGGCCCGGAAACCCAAGCAGGAACGCGUCCUGGCCAUUGAGAUCACACGGGAAGGCUUUGAGUGGGCUUUACGGCAUUCAUGUCUAGCACAUUGUCCUGGGGAUGAUGCAGAGGAGAAGGCAAAGUGGCAGGAGCGGCUACGAAGCAGUCCGGUGCGGGUGCAGUGGGAUCCGGAGCGGGACUUUCAGCUUAGGCCGUUGGAUUUCCGGUCUAUUCAGAUUGGGCUGAGUGCAGAGGCAGUGAAUAAAUACGUAGACGAGUGGAUUGUUGGGAUUACGGAUGUGACGGAAGUCAUGAGGGAGAUUGAGAAAUGUCUGGACGAGGCGAGGAUGGAGGAUGCAGUGAGGUUAAUGCCAGUGGAAGACGUGUAUCCGUUGUCCGAGGAGUUAAAGGAGAUUCUGGAUGCUAGUAAAUGA